GCAUAAAAAGCAUGCGUUGACUACUAUUUUGCAGUCAACAUCUGUCUGUGAUAUCAUUGUUUUUGUCUAAAAUAAAUUCAACAUUUAUUGCCAGAGUAUUACCGCAAUGACUACAAAACCAAUUUUGUACAACAGUUAUCUGAGUUCCUGUUCCUGGAGAGUGAGGAUCGCACUGGACAUAAAAGGCAUUGAAUAUGAAUACAAAGCCGUGAAUUUGCACACAUCUGAGCAAUUUAGCCCGGAGUUUGAGCGCCUGAACCCCUGCCAUCAGGUGCCCGCACUCGUCAUCGAUGGGGACCGAGUGGUGGUCGAGUCCAUCGCUAUUAUUGACUAUUUGGAGGACAAAUAUGGCGAUUCUGGUGUACCAUCGCUGCUGCCAUCAGACAUAUUCUUAAGAGCCAGAGCCCGGGCCAUCGCUCAGGCGGUUGUGGCCGGCAUUCAACCCCUUCAGAACGACUCGGUGCUGGAAAAAGUGGGCAAAAUGACCGCAAUUGAUCCCAAGAAGGACCCAGAAGUUGAAGAGAAAUUAUGGGCCAAAUACUGGAUUAGUAGCCGAUUUCGGUCAUUGGAGAAACUGUUGGCUGAGACGAGUGGCCGGUGUUGUGUCGGCGACACUGUAUCGGUGGCCGACGUAUGUCUCGCACCACAAGUGUUUAACGCCAUUAAUCUCGGUCUGGAUGUCAACCAACUGUUCCCCAAAAUACACAACAUUUACGUAUAUCUCCUAACGUUGGAUGCCUUCAGACGCAGCCAUCCCUACAGACAACCCGAUUGUCCUCAAGAUCUCAAACACUAG